AUGCGUGGUUUAGAAGAUAGAGAUGAUGAAUACAAGACAAUGUUAAAUGAGAAGCUUCAAGUUACAGAUGGCAGUGGUUUGAUACAGAGUGGUGUUCCUAACUUUUGUGUUGUUCUUCUAGCACUAAAUGAUCUAGGGUAUAAAGCAAGGGGAAUUCGGUUGGAUUUUGGUGAUCUUGCUUAUAUUUCAUGUGAGAAAAGAAAGUUCUUUGAAACAAUUGGAAUGGAAUUUGGAGUUCCAAGGUUUGGAAAGACUGGAAUCACUGCUGCGUUCUCUGGCCAACCGAGAAGUUCACUUCGCCUAAAUCGGUUCAACAGGAACACCUUAAUCGGACCUAGGGCACGUAAAUUUGAGCAGUCUCCAAUGAUGUCAGUUGAGCCCACGGUCGUCGGCGAGGCGAAAUCAGCCACAGAAAUCUACCAUAUUUGUUUCGUCGUUGGAGAAGAGUCUGUUUGCGCAGGUUUAAAAGCUCGGAUUGAUGUUGGAACUUACAAUCCCAAGGCAAGUGAUUCACGCUUUAGCCAUAUUUGCGACAUGGAACAAGACAUUGUCAAUGUUGUGACAUCGGAUUGCACAUCGAUGCUUGGUCUUGGUCGCAUUGAUAUUGCAGGCUUGAGGAUGUGUACCUUUGAUGCAGAGGAGGCGGAUGCACUGGAUACUCUCCUUUUAACUCUACCAUGA